AUGGCGCUUGAGGAUGACUGGUCGUGUGACGCCAACGAUGCGCUCCAUAUCACGGUUGUGCAGCCGGGCGAAACCAAGCCGAAGACUCUGUCGACCUUUCACCCCCAAUUCACCUACCCCAUCUUUGGCGAUGAGGAGCAGAUCUUUGGAUAUAAGGGCCUGAUCAUCCGCCUACGCUUUGCCGCCCACGACCUCCGCCCUCAUGUUCACAUUUCCUACGACGAUCGAUUUAAGGCGGUAGCUGACACAGCUGCGACGGACCUUCUCGGUUCUCUAAAGCCAUUUGUCCCGGAAGAGGCCUUGAUCAACCUUCCUGAUUACGAGAACGCCGUCCAGGACGAUUCCAAUGCGAAGGACUUCACUCCUCCCGGCAAGCUGGUCUAUAGCUACGAGGCAAACGAAAGGAGUUAUGAAAUUUGGGCUGGAUCUCUCGCGGAUCCCGAUGUGCGACGCAUUCUCGACCGCGCACAGAUCUUGGUGUCCUUAUUCAUCGAAGCUGGCACACCAUUAGCGACAGACGAUCCAGAAUGGACUCUGGAACGAUGGACAGUAUAUUUUGUAUACGAGAAGGUGACACCCCCAACACCGACCGCCUCAUCCUACUCUAUCGUGGGAUACGCCACCACCUAUCGAUACUGGCUCUACCAGAGAGACCGCACUAUAACACCCGCCGUCAAAGAUGAUGCAUUUCCGCCCCCCGAAAUCAAGCUUUCGGAACUCCCAUCCCGGCUUCGCAUCGCCCAAUUCCUCAUCCUUCCUUCACACCACCGCUCGGGUCACGGUACCCACCUGUAUACCACGAUACAUGCCUCAUGCAUCGCCGAUCCUACAAUCGUUGAGCUGACAGUUGAAGAUCCAAACGAGAGCUUCGAUGCUCUGCGGGAUACGGCCGAUUUCUGUCUUCUGCAGCCUGAAUUCGUCAAGCGCAAAGUCAACCUCAACCCCGACCCCAACGGGGCCUAUUCUCGCAAACAGCGCCUCAGCUCUGUCCCAACCGCUGAAUUGAUCCCUACCGAUGUUUUGCGUGACAUUCGCACCUCGUUUAAGAUCGAGGCUACUCAAUUCGCCCACAUCCUGGAGAUGUUCCUCCUCAGCCAAAUUCCUCCGAGCCACCGUCUGGCUGGAGGCGCGAAUAUCGCGCGCCUGUUAAUUAAAAAAGCCAAAGCGGAUGACCCGGAUGAUCGACGAUAUUACUGGUGGCGUAUGCUUACGAAGCAGCGUCUUUUCAAAAAGCACAAGGAGUUACUGCAGGAGUUGGAACUGCUUGACCGGGUGGAGAAGCUUGAUGACACAGUUCGGAAUGUGGAGGAAGGAUACGAGAUCACACUGAAUGCGGUCAAGGGUCGCUUGCCAGAACCUGAGGACGACGCCCCUGCCGCUCCUACUGGCCCCCGUAACAAGCGCAAACUUGCCGUCGAGGAUGACGAAGACGAGGAAGAAAACGUGAGCGAGGCAGUCAAGCGCCCCAAGGUGUAG